AUGGAUCCUUUAUUAAAAUAAUUAAAAAUAAAAAGUGGUUCUGUUAAAAGAUUAUAAAAAGAAUUUAUUUCAUAUUAAAACGAAGAAAAAAAAUCAAGAGAAAAAUUAGAAAUUAUGAAAACAUAAGGAUUAGAUGAAUAUGAAAUUAAAAAAUAUACUGAGUUUUUAGAAGAAACAUAAUCUGUAUUACCUGGUUGUAAAUAAAGAUUAUAAGAUUCAUUAAAUGAAAUUGUUUAAUGGAUGAAUGAAAAUGGUGAUAGUUUUGUUGUAAAAGACUCAGAAGAAAAAGCUUAAGCUUAAGACAUUAUUUAAUAAGCAAAUGAAUUUUUGGAAUAAUAAAAUAAUAUGGCUAAUUGA